AUGAACUCUUUACUAAAAUCAGAAUAACCAUAUUUAGAUCAACAACGUAAAUCUACAAUCAGUCCAGAUAUAAGACAACAUAUAUAAAGUACUCUCCAUAGAAGGAUUAAUUAUUCUUAAGCAGAUUUAAUAACCCCUAUUACAGUUAAACAAAAUCACAAAAAAUAAGUUAUAACAUAAGGUUUACAAUAAUUAUUAAAAUCAAGUCCUUAUUCAAAGUUAAUUAAAUAGAAAUCUUAACAAUAACUUUAAAUGCAAGAUAGUUUUUCUUAAUAAUAUUUGAAUGGGUAUACUCCUACUCCUAAUUAAUUAUCUUCAUAAUUACUUUUCAAGCUAGAUAUUUACACACCUUCUUUAAAUUCAACUACUUCAAGUAGUAUUAAACCAAGAAUGAGAAAUAAGGAUAAAGAUCAAAUACAAAAAAAAUCUUUUGACUCUAUUAAUGUUACUUCUAACAGAGAAAAAGAGAGAUAAACAAUUACACAAUUAUAAAGUAUAAUUUAAAGAUCUUCCAUAUUAUUGAAAUAGUAUAAGGAUGAAUUGUAAAAGCAUAUCAAUGAGAAAUAAGAAUUAAUAAAAUAAAUUGAAAUAUUGCAAAAAAAUAGAAUAAAGCAAUGA